CAGCUUUUUUUUUAGCUGAAAUUUGUAAAUGACAUCAAAAUCGAAGGUAGGAACUUUAGGAGAAAGGAUAAGACUUUGGGCGCAAAGAGAAAUCACCGGAUAAAAAAUGGCAGCUUUGAGUUCCAUGGCCAUUUCAUGUCUACAUUCACUUUCGGGCAACGAAAGCUACUUCCUUUCAUAUAAAACAUCCCAAUUUUCAAAACCCGUGUUCAUAAACCCAUCCCUGAAGAAACCCAGAUUCUCAGUUUCGUUUUGCCUCAAGGAAAGUGAUCGUGACGAGGGCCAGAUUGGACUAGAAUCUAGCAGAGAAGAAGAAGAAGAAGAAGAAGAAGAAGAAGAAGAAGAAGAAGAAGAAUACUGGGUUGUGACAGCCGUGAGAAGCAAGUACAAUGAGAUUGUUAUAGUCGAUACUGUUGCUUCCAGAUACCUUCUCCUUGAUUCAACUAAGAAUGUGCAUAGUGUUAUCAACAAGGGAGGCCAGAAUUGGACUGGGUCUUAUUGGGAUGAGUUUGCAAGUUUGCCGCCUAUUACCCCUAAUGGUCCCAUUGCCAUCUAUGGAUUGGGUGGUGGAACAGCUGCAAGAUUGAUUCUUGAGUUGUGGCCUUCAGUGGAGCUUGAGGGUUGGGAAAUUGAUGAAAUCUUGAUUGAGAAAGCAAGACACUAUCUUGGUUUAUCCGAGCUAGAGAAACCGACAUCGAAAGGCGGUAGUCUUAGUGUUCUUGUAGAUGAUGCUCUCUCUCCUUCUCAGGAUGUUUCCGGAAGAUAUGCUGGGAUCAUUGUCGACUUGUUCGCUGAUGGAAAAGUCUUGGAUCAGCUGCAACAGGUCCCUGUGUGGCUGGAUCUAGCUAGCAGGCUGAUGCCUAACGGUCGCAUAAUGGUGAACUGUGCCGGAAUCGAAGAGGAAAAAGUUGAGGCAAAUGAAAAACCUCAGCUGAUUUUAGAUGAUUCGGUGUGGAUGUUGAAUUCUACCAUCAAGAUCUUGUCAGAAGCGUUUCCUGGACAAGUUAGCUGGAAGAGAACUCCAGAUUCACAAGGUCUCAACUUUGUUGCCUUAACCGGAGGCUUGCCUGAUCUUAGUGACUGGUCUAACAAUGUUCCAGUCCGUUUGAGCGAGACAGUGAAGCAAUGGAAACUUUGCAAGCACUCUUAACAUGUGAGUUGUGACAUCAAGAAAUCAAAAAUCAAAACUUGCAUAUGGCGCGUACAAGGAGACCGAAUUAUGGUUUAACUGAUGAGGUUCCAGCGGAGGUUCGAAGAUCUAAGAGAACCUCUCAGGUUGUCUAUGAAGACUCGGACCCGGAAUCUUCAGAGAACGAAGAAGCAGGAGGCGACGGAAGCAGCUAAACUGUCACGGACGAUGGCGCAUCCGAUUCUUCAAUGGGAACCGAGCCAAUGCUUCUUAUGGAGAUGUACUUCCAGCCAACGGAGUACGUGAAAAAGAUCAAGCUGUCUACAAGGUGUUAUAUCUCGAAAGCAGUGGAUUUACUGCUAAGUGAAUUAAAGUAUCCACUUAGACUAGAGGAGAAGAGUUGGUUUGUGGAUCACCCCCAAUUCAAACAUUUCUUCCACAUGCACAAGGACUCAAACCACAAGUUAAUGGGGAUGUGGUUGCUGAUUCUUCGAACGGCGGUUACGGAGAGGAAAAAGGAAGCCUGGUUCAUUGUGAAUGGCGUGCUCAUUCGGUAUAGUCUACGUGAACACGCCCUCAUCUCCGGUUUAAACUGUCGCAGCUAUCCUCCUAACUAUUCAGAAAUGGGCAAUAUGGAGUUCAUGGAGAAGCACUUUGGGGCAGGGAAAAAAAUAAGAUACUCAGAUGUGAAAGAAAAGUUGGAGAAUAUGAAAUAUUUUCCAGAUCGGUUAAGGAUGGCCAUCCUUUUCUUUCUAUCAAGCGUCAUUAUUGGGCAGUCUAAGACAUGAGAUGAUGCUACUUGUGUGGAGGGGUUCUUUCAACGAGCAAUCAGUGAUCUGCAUUUGUGUAGGACAUUUCCCUAAGGGAGAUUCUCUUUUGAUAACAAUAUGGAAGAGAUCCAGCAUAAUGUGGAUCAUUUUAAAGGGGUUGUUAGCAGAUCAAAUUGGACUUUUACAAGCUUUCUGCAUUCCUUUGGAGCUUCUAGUGUUUGAAGUAGCUUCUAGUGUUUGAAGCAACUCCAUCACAGAAGAAGAAAUUUCGAGAAGUUGUUCCAUCUGCGAGGAAAACUUGUCCGAGGAUGUGCAAGAGCAAGUUCAAAAAAAGCGCCAUGAAAGAAUUUUCUCUCGAGGAAAUAAAUGAAGCACUUGGUACAACUAAGGAGAUUGAUAGCAUCUUGGUCCCUUAUAAUGAGGAAGAAGCUUUUGUGGCUCGAGUGACUGAAGAAGAUGACGAUGAUGUUGUUGUUCAUAGUUGGUUGAAGUGUAUUAACGAUGAAGACAAACCGGUCUGUUUUGAACAGAUGUAUGAAGAAGACGUGGCCGCCCGACUAGAAGAGCAGCCUGCCAAUGCUGCAAACGCCGCCAAUGCCGCCAAUGUCGCCAACGCCAUCAAUGCUGCCACUACUUCCGUCGCUGACUUAGUUGAGGUCGUACAUAGUCUAAAGAUGGAAAUGGAGAGUGGGUUCAAGGAGAUGAAUGACAAGUUUGUUGGGUUCGAUACAAGACUUGCAGCAGUGGAAGACUAUGUGAAAGAGCAAUUAGAUGCUCGAAGCAUGUAUGAGGACGUCGAUUAUGAUAAUUAUAUUCCUCGUUCUACUGUGAAUAACAAUGAUGGAGCGGAAGGAGCAGAGGGAAUCGAGCCAAUGGAUGAAGCACAUGUGGUCCUGAAAGCAGAUAAGGGAGCAGAAGAGGUGGUCCCAGAAGCAGAUAAGGGAGCAGAAGAGGUGGUGGAUGGAGAGAAAACAGCAGAGGGAGAAGAGCAAGAGCAAGAGCAAGAAGCAGAGGUGGCGGAAGCAUAUGAGGGAGCAGAGAAGGGGGCGGAGACAGGCGUUGAGGAACCAGAGAAGGAACAAGAGAAGGAGGCAGAGACAGGCGUUGAACAGGAACUGGAGGUAAUUUGUGUUUUGCAGGGAGUUUAACUGUUUGUGUUUUGCAGAGAGAAAAGAAUGAAGCAGAGAAGGAGAAUGAGGUAGAGCAGGUAGGAGAGGAGGAAGCGGCUAAGGAGGUAGAAGAGGCAGAGGAGGCAGAAGACCAAAGCGCGGGCGACAAAGCUAAGAGAUAGAGGAAGCUAAGGAGGCAGAGGGAGCGAAGGAGGCAGAGGGAGCGAAGGAGGCAGAGGAAGCUAAGGAGACAGAAGGGACAUCUUCUGUGCGGGGUAAGCAGGUGUAUCGAAGGAAAAAAAGCGGUUCACAGUCCCAAGUGGAGAAGGAGGCAGCUGACGAACCCCAGAAGAGGAAGAUAAAACGUUUCCACCAUGUGCGACCUCCUUAUACAAAGGAAAGGGCCAAGAAGGGCAGGAAAAAAUAGUCCAGUUGGACUUAAAACAUUUUCUAUUUUGGCUUUCAGUAUGAGUUAGAACUAAAACUCGAAUGCUGAUAUGUUGUUUGGAUUUAAAGUUUGGAUUUAAUGUUUGGUUUUAAAUGUAUUUCAUUUGGUAUAGUGUUUUAAUUUGUUUGGAUUUGGUGUUUGGAUUUAGUGU